AUAACGUCAACGUCAGUAGCCUCAAAUAAGUUGAUUUAAAUCAUUAAGGCGUUUUCUUCUUUAAUUGAAUGAGUUUCGUACCCAUUUAUUUCGUACCAUGAUUUCGAGUCCAUGUCUUAAAGUGACUCCCUCAUGUUUUUGGAAUUAAAUAUGUUUCCGGUUGUGCAUCUGAAAACACUUAUAUCAUAAGUAUCCAUUACCCAUUAUCCAUUAACCAUUUUUUGUUUGCUGCAGUGGUGUACACUAAUUGGGUCAGAAAAUGGAGUUUGCCUAGGCUGAUGAUGAAGACCUAACGGUUAUAACCAACAGAUAAAACCAUGGGUAGGACCGAAUCAAUUGCAGCUGGAGUUUGGGCACGUGUGACUCGUGUGAAGGAAGUUAAUGCAGAGGACACAAGUACGAGCCUUAUACGCUGUCUAGGGCUCCGUAGGCUCACGUUCGUCGGGGUUGGAAAAACCGUCGGGGUUGGCAUCUACGUUCUUAUUGGUGAAGCAACAAAGGAAGCAGGUCCCUCUGUGAUUGUGGCAUUCCUGAUUGGCUUUCUUGUGACAUUGUUGAAUGGCCUGUGUUUCGCCGAGUAUGCUGCCAAGAACCCCAAGACGGGUGCCCAAUACACAUACAUGUAUGAGACUGUUGGAGAGGGACUGGCCUUCCUUGUUGGCUGGACUUCUAUCAUAGGUACCACUGCAGCACUGUCCCUAGCCUCGCGUGGCUGGAGCGGCUAUGUCGACUCGCUCUUUGAACACUCAAUCAGAAACUACACGCUCGAACACAUCGGAAACUGGACAGGGAGUUCACCCCGGCCGGAUUAUCCGGACAUUCCUGCAAUAUCAAUCAUAAUACUCAUCAUGAUAUUGGCUUCAGUAGGAGUUAAUAUGUCAACAACGAUCAAUUUACUGCUUACCAUAGUUUCUGGAAGUAUGCUGAUUUUUAUUUCGAUUAUUGGGUUUGUGUACGCCGAUUUAGACAACUGGACCAAACAUGAAGGUGGAUUCUUCGCGAAUGGAUUAAAUGGCGUUUUGAAGGCCUCUACUGCGUGUUUCUACGCGUUCCAAGGCUACGAAGUUUUAGGGUACUCGGCUGAGGAGACGAUUAAUCCGAAGAAAAAUGUGCCUCGCUCAAUUGUGAUAUCUUUGGUGAUAGUUACCUUUCUAUAUAUUAAUGUGGCGUUCUCUUUUACAUUAAUGAUUCCAUACACAGCAAUUGACACUAGUGCCCCAUUUCCGGCGGCGUUUAGCUACCAUCAUGUCACGUGGGCAAAAUAUAUAGUUGAGAUCGGACCAAUAUUAGCACUCACCAACUUGUGCAUUUUAGAACUUUAUACCGUACAAAGAUUGACAUACUCAAUGGCGACUGAUGGACUCUUGUUUAAGUUCCUCGGACGAGUCAGCAGUACAACGAAGGUUCCUAUUGGUCCAGUAAUAAUAUUUGGACCAAUCACAAUCAUUUUAGUUCUGACGAUAGAUCUCUCAAAUUUGAUUGGUUUCAUGGUGCUCUAUACGUUUGUGCAAUAUUCAAUAUUUGCAGCGUACUUGAUCAUUUUGCGGUACAAAGUUACUGACGACAGCGAAGCGAAGCUAUGCAAAGUUCCACUACGAUCAAAAUCUGAUAUCGUAAAUUGUAUGUUGGUACUACUUUCUUCAGUAAAAUUCCUCGUACUCACCAUGUACCUGUGCCUAUUCGCUCUAUCCAUAUUUAUCGUAAAAAGGGGAAAUAAUUUAGUCCAAGGACACUCAGGGGACAUUAUUCCAGUUGUGGCCCUUGGAAGUGCAGUAUUCACUAUCCUGAUACUUCUCCGCAGAAAAGAACAACCAGCUGCAGACAUUAAUGCUUUUCAGGUGCCAUUGAUGCCCUUCCUGCCCGCAGCGUCUAUGUUCUUCAACCUACUGAUGCUCGUCUCGGCUGUCGACAUGGGGUCACUCAUUGCCUCUACAUCAUUGGCCUCCAUUGGCAUAGUCGUGUACCUUCUGACCGUUGUGUGUGAUGUCAUCCGUAAUCCGGACAAGCGAGAUGGAGAUGACCAGACAAAAGCCAAGCUUUUGAGUACAAUUGAUGAGGAGGAUGCAGAAGAUCUUCUUUGAAUAAUGACAUCCUAUUUUUAGAAUGUGUCAAUGUGAUGUAAUCAUCUGGAACUCACAGAGGCAUGUCGAAUACAAACCAAUCUUUUACAUGAUCUAGAUGAGGUUCAACUAGUUGAAGAAGAAUGAUAGCUUUUCUACUCACUCUGGCAUUGCUGUCGCCCUCUGUGCUGCACCUUGGAUUAAGAGUGCAUGCAAGUUUCUGUGAAGGCUAAAUCUCAGUAACCAGUCGAUGCAUUGGAAUGAUAAUUUAUAUAAGCUUUUCCAUACGUCUUUUCUUCUGUAAGGCAGGUUUAGGUUGAAUGUAAUGCAAAUUAUGGCCCUUUUUUAUUAUGGGUUUGCGUUGAAGUACCAUAAGGUACCACUCAAUGUAUUCGAUAAAAAAAUUAAAACAAAGCUUAAAGUGUGGUGACGAUUGCAUGAUUUUAUGCAAAUAAUGACUGUUGUUUUGUAAUGGCUGAUUGAUCGUUUUAGCCAAGACAUUAGAUAUUUUGUCAAAUUUGUAGUUAGCUCUUCACAAAGGAGAUUAUUGUAGGCUAUUUCAAUGGUCGGAAAUGCUUUACGAAGCUAGCCAAUUUGCUCAGGGUAUCAUUUAAGGAUUGUUCACAUUUUAACAUGCGUUAUGCUCUCUGAACGCUGUAGGCAGCACUUCUUGGCCAUUUACUUGCUUGCCCUACUGCGUUCAUACAGCAUAAACGCAAAAAAAUGCGACCAAUACAUAUAUUUACAUUUAUAUAAUUAUUUACAUUUAUAUAAUUAUUCAUUACGAUUAAAAAUUAGCAGUUUCUUCAUCAAUUGAGUAUUUCUCUGAAAGAAAUGUAACCGACAACACACGUUUGUAUAAAAAAAUAGCUGAUAUUUUGUUACUUUGUAUAUCAUUAGUUAAAUGACGUUGCGCUAAUCCAAUAGGAACGCAAUAUUAAAAAAACAAUGAUGUCAUAACUCUUUGCGUGUUAUACGUUAUAAACGUCAAAUUUCAUCUGAACAAAGGACAAGGUGAAUGUUAAUGUACAUGCUAUGAAUACCUGGGGUGUCAAGCAUGAUAUUAUACCAGGAUGUUAUAAAAUUGAUUACAUAUUUCAUAUGUUUACACAUUGUUUUGCUGGAAAAGGAUUUGUAUUGGAGGGUUUAAUAAAUCUAGAUGAUAUUUUCAGACAUAUUUUUGAAUAGCAAUAUAUAAGCUUGUUAUAUUAAUUUUCACGAAUUAUAUAUUUUUAUAUUCAUUUAUUUGCUGGAAUGGGGAUUCUAGUGUGUUGUUUUAUUAUUGAUGAUAUUUUCUUAAAUGUAUUUUUGGAGAAAUUUUUCUUAAAUGUAUUCUUGCAUUUCUUGGAGAUUUGUUUCUAACAUUGUUUGGAACUGCAGUAAAUUAUAUACAUAUAAAAAUAUACACACUUGUUAUAAUGUUUUUUAGGGGUAACAUCUGUUAUUGUUUUUUACCUAUCAGUUAUGUUCAUUUGUUGUGAAAUAUUUUGUCAAGGCAUUUAACUUAUUAUUAACUUUUGUUGAUUUUUAAAAAAAAGAAAUAUUUAAGGUUAAUCUUAGAGGUUGUAUUUUUUAUAAAUGUACUUAUAUAUAAAUAAAUGUUUAUUAUUUGCAGAUGGUUAUUGCAUAAUUGUGAAAGAUGCACUCUUACUCCCAAAUAAAUUGUACCACUAUUAAUACAAUUGUUUUAAUAUACCAAAAACAAUGUUUUUAUGAAAAGACUUAGUUCAAUUUUAAAGAAAGGGGCAUAAAACAUGGUAUUUCUACCUUACGAAACGAUAGUAGAUCACAGUAAAUCUUUUAGCACUCACCAAUCAUUUAAUAUUUUUGCGUUUUCAGAUAUUAAAUACAUGGUUACAAUGUUGUUAUCAGUGAUUCAUGUUUUCAUUUAAUGUAUUAUUUAGUAAGUAGUUAAAGAUUUGUCACUCAAAAUCAAUGUUUGUUAUACAUAUGUUUGUAUUGCUUUCGAAUAAAAGUGUCACUUUAAUAUAUAGGGCAUCUGGGGUUCAGGAUUAAGAGCUUUUAGUUUUAGACUUUUGUACGGUUGUGGAAAUUGCUUUUUUUGCUCGAUAAUUUGCAUCACAAAAAGUAGAAAGUACCUUAAAGUGAAAUAAAGAACUCAAGAAACACUAUUAAAGGGGUUUAAGCCCCUUAACCCUGUUUGGUAUUAAAUUCCUUUUCCACAAACAAACUGGUUAUUAAAGCAGUACAAGUUUGCAGUAUUUAUUAGGGAGUUUGUAAGCGUAAUUAAGAUGUUUUUCAGAUGAUUUUACAUGAAGUAAUAUUUAUCAUAAUAUUAUGUAGAGAAAUAUUUGUAUGUACAAAUAAAUGGG